AUGGAUUCACGAAGAAAUCAUAUCUUGUCUGACGAUAUCUUGGGAUUAAUUUUCAAUGAAUUAAAUGUGAAACAAUUGUUGAGAUUAGAGUCGAUUUGCAAUCAAUUCGUGGAUUGUGUCGGAAGUGCUCUCCAGAGGAAGAAAGGACUAAGAAUUGGAUACAAGAGUAGUGACUAUAAUCGCGGUUACCAUUCAUUGAGAGACAAUGACAUCAUUGAAGCAUUGGUUCCCAAAGACGCCUAUCUUUACAAUACAUCAGUAAUCAUAUAUCUGAGUGAAAUCAAAGACAUACUGAAUUCAAUACUCGGGAAGUGUCUUAACGUAAAGUCUUUGGAUUUUAAAGAUGUUAUAAUUGAUGGACAGAUGGUAUCAAUGAUUACUAGUCUAUGUCCGCGACUGAAGAGAUUGUCUUUGAACGGGUGGGACAUCAAUGUGUCCACAGAAGAGGUGAUGAUAUGGAAAGCAUUAUUGAGUCAAUUGUCUCACUUGACUCUCGAGAAAGCAGUUGACGAUGACAUCCGACAAGUGUUGCCACAAUUAUCAUCACUGGAAUCGAUUGAAUUCAUUGAUUUACAUCACAAUAAUGCUGUCAUCGAUGAAGUGUUUGCAUAUUUGCCACAAAGUAUUCGUUGUCUUCAACUAAAACAUAUGGGCGUUAGAAAUGAGUUAUCGUUGGAUCUACUGAUGAAGAGUUGUCCGCAUCUGGAAGUGCUUUCUAUGGGCCAACAAAUGGGCCAACAAUUCUACAAUGUGUCGGAUCAGGGUAUACCAUUUGCUGAGCCGCCGGUAAAUGAGCUCCGGUUCGCCAAACCCGUGCCGUUGCGGACCAAAUGGCAAACCGUAUAUCCGGCCAAACAGAUCACCGCUCAAUGCGUGUCGCCGUUCAACACAUCUAAACUGAUCGCCGAAGAUUGUCUUCAUCUAAACAUCUGGACGCCGAGCACUGCGGUCACCGCUAACCGGCCGGUGAUGUUCUGGAUAUACGGCGGAUCAUUCAUCAUGGGUUCGGCCACUAAACAGGUGGACGGCUAUAACAUCUUCGACGGCCGCCAAUUGGCCGCCAGGGAUGUGGUGGUCGUCACAGCCAACUAUCGGUUGGGUGUCUUCGGCUUUCUGUACGGCAACAGCAGUGAAGCGCCUGGAAAUCAGGGUCUUUGGGAUCAAGUGAUGGCUUUGAAGUGGAUUAAGGCUGAGAUCAGGAAUUUUGGUGGCAAUCCGGACGACGUGACCAUUUUCGGUGUCAGCGCCGGCAGUAUGUCUGUCAGCGCUCACGUCGUUUCACCCGAAUCCAGGUCUCUGUUCAAGAAGGGUAUCAUGCAAUCAGGAGCCAUAAGUCUGAGAGAAACGCCAAACAGUGGUCAGUCGGCGCUGCGAUUCAGCCGUGACUUCGCCACCAAUAAGACAUAUUUUCCGACCAAUCCGUGCGCCAACACCACCGCCACAGCCGAGUGGAUCAAAUGCCUCAAAUCUAAGACCACCGACGAGUUAAACAAAGCUCAAGAAGCGGUCUUUUAUGCGACAUUCACCGAGACUUCGGGCACACCAUUCAAAUCCAUAUACGGCGACCAAUUCCUACCCAAAGACUUUAGCCGAUCUCUGGCCGACGCGGACUUCAAAACUAACGUAAACCUAUUGAUCGGUCACUCGGAGAUGGAGGGCGUGUCCUUCAGCAACGACUUUGACACGAUGUUUGGCCUCAACGGCCGAUACAAUCCGCGAUGGCUGUCGCCGGUAACCAAGGAUCAGGUUUGGGCCGACAUCCGGGCCUUUAUGCCACUCCCGGCCGACACACAGCUUAUGAUAGCUAACGCUUAUACGAAUCAAUUCCGGCCAAAGGAUCAAAGUCUUGAGCUGACCCGAGCGGCCGCUCACGCGUACGGCGACGCCGGCAUCACGUGUCCGACCGUUAUAUUCGGCGCCCAACUCGUCACCCAUCGGGACUUUAAGGGAUCGGUACACCAGUACCGGCUGUCGUACGCCAACUCUAAGUCCAUAUCGUAUGACAGCUAUUGGGCAGAGGCUGAGCACACCGAUGAACAGCCCCUAGUGUUUGGCCGACCCCUCAAUGAGCCCGACAACGGCUGGACAGCCACUGAUAAGGAGAUCAGCAAAACAUUUGUGACUCUAUGGACUGAUUUCGCCAAAACGGGUAAGCUAACCAUCGGUGGCCAGGAGUGGCCAAAAUAUACGGUCCGUACCGACGGCGCUGCAAACGUGUCGUACGUGGAGCUAAACCCACGGCUGAAGAACUCGUACGCCAUUCGUGUGAACCGGUAUAGAGGGGGUGACGACCCGACCGUCAAAGCCAUCAAUAAUUGUCUGGACUUUUGAUUAAUCUAG